CUUAAAAUUGCAAGAGAGGGAGCAGAUGCCUAAGGAGGAUCCACCUACCCAGCUAACCAGAUUCCAGACAUACCGUGAUUUGCCUGAAUGGGUGUCGCAGGCAUAGGGACAGGGGUGUGUUUGGAAAGGAGAGCUCAGCAGCAAAAGGCUGAGAGACCGUGCGCCCAGUUGUGGGAUCCAGCAAAAAAUGAAAAAUUGCAAGAACUUUUUCUGCAAGAGGUACAAAUGGGAGAACUUUGGUUAUCUAGAGGAGAGCACAGAAUGGGGGUUGAACAUCUCAGCAAUGCUCUUUUAGUGUGUGGACAACCACAGGAACUUCUGAAGGUUUUUAAACACACUCUCCCUCCCAAGGUAUUUGAGAUGCUGUUGCAAAAAAUUCCCCUUAUUUGCCAGCAAUUUGAGGCAGACAUGAAUGAACAGGAAUGCUUGGAGGAUGAUCCUGAUUGAAAAUAUUUCAACGUAUCCACAGUCCAGUCAGAAUACUAUGGUACUAUAUAGUAUAAACAACUGCUCAGUGAUACUUCCAUUUAUUUUACUUUUAGUAAUAAAAAUUUUUUCUAUCUCAU